UUUCAUGUUAACGAACCUGCGGGCCAUCACGUACCUGCGACUUGGUUCGAGUCUUUCCUUGUCUGGGAAGACCUCACUUUGCAGCAGCCCACGAUAGGGCGAGCAAGAAGUGCACUUUCUCAUCGAACCAUCGGUUGUGAGAUGCCGAUUUUUUUGAUAUAUUAAAGCAUGUGUACAUUGUUACAAGUGGUUAGCGCAUCGACCUCACAGUGCAGAGGUACCGGGUUCGAUUCCAGUUCCGGCCUUCCUGUGUGGAGUUUGCAUGUUCACUCCGUGCCUGUGUGGGUACUCCGGUUUCCUCCCACAUUCCCAAAACAUGCGUGGCAGGCUGAUUGAACACUCAAAAUUAUCCCUAGGUGUGAGUGUGAGCGCGGAUGGUUGUUCAUCUCUGUGUGCCCUGCGACUGGCGAGCAACCACUUCAGUGUGUCCCCUGUCUACUGUCCGAAGACAGCUGGGAUGGGCUCCAGCAUACCCCGUGACCCUUGUGAGGAAUAAAGUGGUUCAGAAAAUGGAUGGAUGGACGGAUGGCUGUAUAUUGUUGCACCCAUGUUUUGCUGGUGAAAAUUGACAGCAACAAAUGUUCCUGAUGACCAAGCAAUCAGAGAAUGAAAAAAAAUGCUCAUGUCAUUCAGGUCUAGAGCUCUAGGCCUGCGAGAAUGAAUUUAGAUUAGUUCAAGAAAUCGAAUUUAAUUGAAGAUACAUGGACUCGUGCUACUGAAUCUAAAGGCAAUGGGCAGGUUGUGUGAUUUGGUGAGCAGGAACCGGACCCUUCUCACCUUGAUUUCGUCAACUUAUACAUACGCUUUGUCACAACAGUACUGCAUUAGUAUUCCUCACACUUACCCGCUGUUGCGUUGGCUCACAAAGGGGGUUUCAAACAUUUCCGGCAGCCACACAGGAAGAGAGACCGCAGCAGGAGGAAGGAGGAUUUUGUCUCACUUUUAAUCCCUUAGUUCAUCAACGUCUGCUUUCUAGGCACCUGAUUACAUCACACCCAGCAGGCAAGACCCCACGGGGUUGCCGUGGUGAUGGCAUUUGUCCUUAAUGCCUCUUGGCUUACUUUUCUUUUGAACGUUAUCUGGUUUUCACUAAUGCCAAGAGUGGAUCACUCACGGUGGCAGUCGCAGUGUCACAGCUGGUGUUCAUAGAAACCCUCUACAAGUCCCACAGACUUAGUUGUCUUGUCUCCAAUGUCACCCAUCUUAUAUUGAGUUGGUUUGAAACACAAUUUUGGGAGAUCUCAAUGUGAGGUCCAACAGACAUUUUCACAAUGUUCACAAAUACCCCUGGAUGUGAAUAACUGGACUCACUCUCUACCACCAGGACUUACCCCUUAUGCCUCUUGUUGACAAACAUGGUCAAAAGGUCUUAUAAAUGGGGCACAACCAUGCAGUGUAAUGCCUAAAUACAGUAUUGGUCUGGCUGUACUUGCGUGAUCUCUCUCUCUUGGUUUAAAGCCCUCUUGUAGCAUCCUCCUCCUCCUUCUCUCCUCCUCCUCCUCCUUCUUGUCAUCGCUCUUCCUCACAUCACUCGCGUACUGAUUCAAUAUCUUGACUCGUGUGAUGUGCGAGUAUCAGUUUCCUUCCUCCGGUAGGGCGCACAUCUGCUGGCGUCGGGGAAUAUUAGGAGGAAAACGAGUCUUCAUCUUCAUCUGUCACGUAUCAAUGACAUUGGCGUAGACAUGUGGAUUGUCGCUCGGGUUUUCAUAUAAAAGCCAACACUCAACACUCCCAGCUGAGAAGAUGAAUGUAGGUGAGUAAGACAUUCAUUACUUGUAUUUUCUUUUCUGGUUCAAUCAGAAUUGAGCAGUUGCUAGUUAAGUGAGUAGCACCUUUGAUCUUUAUAUCAAGGUGUUGUUGGUCUUGAGCUCAGCAACAAUGUGUAACAGCACUUGCCUUUUUUUUGUACAGACAAAAAAAGAUGAAUUGAAAAUGUUCUUUUUGGGCGCCUAUUUGGUCACAUGUUAAAAAAGUAACGAAGAUAUUAAUUUCAUGAUGGUGUGGUUGGUUGUGCAGCAUGGUUUAAACAUACUUAUGUACAUACAUACACCAAGUUUAAACAAGACAAAAAGAAAAUCAAUUAGGAGAAAUGCAACUCGAACCAAAAACAAUGUGGCACAUGCUCAGAACCAUAAUCCGGUUUGUUCCGAAGGCUCAUUUGAUUUGACUUCCCAUUUGAUUAGCUGUUCAACUGAUUUGUUCAACUGUGAUUCAAAUUUCAAAUCGCAACAAAACUACUUUCCCAUUCUUGACCACUCAUGGAAACAAGUUCCAGAAUUUCACACAAUGUACUACAGUUCACUCUUGUUCGGCUACGUUGCCCUCUCUGAAGCGGGUAAGUUACCCAAAAUGUUAGAAACAACAGUCAUUGGUAAACUGGCCAUUUCCAUAACAAUGCAAACUACAGGCAAACUGAAAUCAUAUGAGAAACUUACUUGAUGCAUUUGUCGUAUUGACUCUUACUGGACCACAAAAGUGCACCUAAUAGUGUCACAAAAUGUGUUUUUGGUUUUCCAGAGGCAUGAUUCAGAGUGCUAGCUUUGAAUUUCAAUGCCGUCGGACACAUCAUUGAGAUGUUAUUGAAAAGUUGCGAUGCGCUGUGUGUGUGCAGUGGGUCAGCAUCACAUGGCACGGUGGCAGCAAGCCGCAGCACAUUUCAGCACCGCCGGGCAUCCUGCUCUACACUAAAAACAAUGUCUGGAUGCUUCUCCUUUUCAUUCAGGAGGGAUUUGCUCUGGCUCAGAAGACUGCAGAUGAUGGUGGCGCAUCCAAAGGGCUCAAACCCUCUCAGAGGCCACCACGUUCUCGCCACUGUGGAAACUGGAUACGACACACAGACGGCGGCAGCUUCAGCUCCCCAAACUACCCCAACACCUACCCCCCCAACAAGGAGUGCUUGUAUGUGUUAGAAGCAUUCCCCCGGCAGAGGAUCGAGCUGCAGUUCAACAAGUCCUUCUACAUCGAGGCGUCCUUCGAGUGUCGCUUCGACCACAUCGAGGUGCGCGAUGGCCCCUUCAGUUUCUCACCGCUCAUUGACCGCUUCUGCGGCGCCACCUGCCCUGGGCUGGUCCUCUCCAGUGGACGCUUCAUGUGGAUCCGCUUUUAUAGCGAUGAAGAACUGGAGGGGAUCGGUUUCCACGUCCGCUACAGCUUCACUGCAGACCCGGAGUUCUAUCUACAUGUGGGGGGGCUCCUCAACCCCAUACCAGAUUGUCAGUUUGAGUUGUCCGGGGCUGACGGCCUGAUCCGAUCCAGCCAAGUGGAGGAGGAGUACAAGGUCAAGCCCGACCAGGCAGUGGACUGCAUUUGGACCAUACGCGCCCCGACUCACAACAAGAUUUACCUGAGAUUCUUGGAGUACCAGAUGGAGAAUUCCAACGAGUGCAAGAAGAACUUUGUGGCUGUGUAUGAUGGAAGCAACGCCAUCGAAGACCUCAAGGCCAAAUUUUGCAGCACCGUGGCCAACGACAUCAUGCUGGACACCGGCGUGGGCGUGGUGAGGAUGUGGGCGGACGAGAGCAGCCGACUCAGUCGCUUUCGGAUGUUGUUCACCUCUUUCGCUGAUCCUCCGUGUGUCGGCAGCACCUUCUUCUGUCACAGUAACAUGUGCAUCAACACUUCUCUGGUGUGCAACGGAAUACAAAACUGUGUCUUUCCCUGGGAUGAAAGCAACUGCAAAGAGAAGAAACAGAAAGGAAUCUUCCAGCACAUGACGAGAACUCACGGCACGGUGAUCUGCGUGUCCACAGGCGUUGUCAUGCUUCUCCUUGUCAUCUCCAUCUUGGUGCAGAUCAAGCAGCCGCGCAAGAAGGUGUUGGUACGCAAGAAUAACUUGUUCCAGCGAGGGGACUACCACUCAUCGUUUGAGCCUCCGCACUAUGAACUCUUGACCCUCAGAGAAAAGAAGCUGUCAGGGGACCAGGGAGAUCUUUCAGAAGAGCUUCAGUCCCUACAAGCCUUGAGAAGGUCAUCUUCAGGCUCACGCUGCGUUCAUGAGCACCACUGUGGCUCUCAGGCCUCGCUCAACUCCAUCAAAGGCGCUCACCGGGCGGCUCGCGGCUCUUUGGAGAUCAGAUCGAUUCGAGGCGAUGUCCAGAGGGCACCUCUUCUUUUGCGCGACUCUACCAGCAGCCUGCGCAAGAAAAGCUGGCCUAGCGUCAAAGCCGCCACCAGUUUCCACACGCAGUACAGCCUGGCAGAACGACACCACCGAGUCUUGGAGGACCACGAAGACGACCUUGGAGCGGGGGAAGGCGCCGGCUAUGACAUGUACCUACAUAGGGCUGCCAAUAGGAGAGGUCGCUACGAGAUGGCCCAGCAGAGGUCUUUAUCCAUGGACUUUUAAUCCAACUAAACCCACUAGAACUAAAACGCUACAAUUUGUCAGCCUUCAGGGUUUUUUUGUGUUUUUUUUGUUGUUGUUUUUUUUGCUAAGUAUGCAUACUAAGUGUGUUACUUAGCAUACAUUUCAUUAGCCAGGUUUACAUGUGGAUUUAUUUUUUAUCAUUCUGAUUGAAUUCAUUCUGAUUGAAGAUCUCUGGUCAACUGUUUUUAUGUGAUAUUUAUGUUUACAUGUGCCAUUAUACGGAAUAAGAACAGCGAUUUUACAGCCGCAUGGUAACCACAGAUCGGUGUAAAGAUCACAUCAUGUAUGCACAUUAAAAAACAAAGUCGUCAAUUUCA